GGCGUUGCAGUUAAAUAACCUUUACACCGGAAACAAUCUUUAAAAAUACAGCGUGCGGGGUUGUUGUUUUUCUUGGAGGUGACAGUGUAUAUACACAGACGCAAAAGAAAGAAAGAAAUGUCUAAAAACACGAGGAUAGCGUUGGUAUUUGGGGGUUUUGUGACGGCGGUGGCUGCUGCGUUUUACCCCAUAUUUGUCUACCCGCUGGCCCACAAGGACGAGUACAGGCAUGUCCAGAAGAUCAACCGGGCAGGAAUCAACCAGGCGGACGUGCAGCCUGUUGGUGUGAAGAUGUGGUCUGACCCUUUUAAACCUGCAGACAAGUGAUGACCUGAGACAGAAUUCCCAAGCACUGACGGAAACUUGAUGAAUGAUGAGUGUAGUGUGUGUGUGAGUGUGUGUGUGUGUGUCUGUGUGUGAGAGAGAUAUUCCAUGAAAAUGUUCAUUUUGAUUGCUUUUUACCCUUUUCGCCUUGAAUAAAGAUUGAAGGUUAAAGAACUUUAUCAUUGAAACGUCUUAAUUUAAUAUUUAAAAAUGCAGUGAAUGUAAAACAUGGAACAGGUGAUGUGUUAUAUCAGGUUAUGAACCAGGAUUUCAGGGUAGCGUGUUAGUCGUCAGUCGUCCACUAGAGGGCGCAGCAGGUUUGACUGCUGUCCCAGAAGGCGCAGGGCCGAGCUUUAUUAUGAAAAGUACUGUAUUUCUGAAAGUGUCACUCUGGUAUGCACCCUGUAGGAAAUUUUAAUAAAAUCAGAAGUGUGUUUACCC